UCACUGCGAAUCGCGCACGCGCAGUCGCAGUCGCCUCACCGCAUACUUGCUUGUACUUGAAUAUUUUCUGUUUGAGUUUGAGCACGUUAGGCCUGCUUCGUUCACAAAGCAAGAAACGUUUGAAAUUUUAUUCCAGUCGAUUUAAAGCCUAAAAAAUGCCCAAGAAGAAGACGCCAAGAAAUGCUUUUUAUUUCUUCAUGCUGGAUUACAAAGCACGUUGCGAGAGGAACGGGGAGAGAUUCCCUAAUGGCCUAAGAGAUGUCCAGCUUGAAGCUGGACCUGAAUGGAAUGUACUACCAGCAAAUGAGAAGAAGAAAUAUGAGGAUAUGGCAAAAGAAGAGAAAGCCAGAUUAAAAGGGGACUCUUCAAAUAAACUCACAUGCUGGCAUACUCCUUAUAAAGUGGUUGAUGAUGAGAAAGACGAAGAAGAAAGGUUCAAAAACGAAAUGAAUAGCUACAUUGAGAACACAGUGAGCUCAUUGGCUUCAAAAAAAUUACUUGCAGAGCAUAAGUUUUAUUUGGUCCAUGUCAACUACUUCUGCAAAACCGAGGGCGAAUGUUUCCAUCCUGCAGAACUGGCUGUCUCAGAGUUCUCCCUCGCAGAGGGUAUAAUCGAUGUUUACAGCACAAUCAUUUCUCCAGGUAAUAUCCCUCUGGGCUACAGACAUGAUGCAAUGCAAAACGCUGAAAAAAGUCACAAAAUACCAAUUGAUGAUAAUGGAGGAGAAAAAAAUUUCUACAACAUCCUGAUUGCUGUGAAGAACAUUCUCCAGCGGGGGAGGGCAUCCAAUGGUGGUAUGUACCCACCGAUGUACACAAUGCCUGACAAUGUAAGUCUGAACACAAGCAUUAGUGCUGUCAGGAGUGUGAUGAAAAAUCUCUUGUCAAGUGAUACAGAAGAUUAUGACGAGAAUAUGUUCAAAAUUUACUCCUUGGAAAAAUUGUUCUUGGAGCUUCGCCAGGCUUGCAAAAAGCUCAGUGAAAGUGAAGAAGAUGAUGCAGAGGCAGCGAUUCCAGCAAUGAGCAUUGCUCGAACUGAAUUGGAAAAAGAUGUCUUCAAUUUUAUACCAAAUAUCGCUUGUCCACAGUUUCACUAUGACGAAGAAGCAGUAGAAUACUGUUCCAAGAGCUAUGUACAACGAUGGGUGUAUCUGAUCUGUGACCAUUGCUGUGGACCACUAGACAUUACCAUAGUACAAGGAAAACACAUUCCAUUAAAUGCUGAUGUCAACUUCCAGAAGAAGAAACUGGAAGAAAAGAAGGAAACAGAAGUAUGCAAGCCAAUCACAUGGGUUGACCACAGCAAAGUAUCGGCGUCAGCAUCUACAUGGGUACCAAAAGAGCAGGCUCCUCUCCCACGGCCUCAGAGACAAUCCAACAUUUCUCAAAUGUUACCUCCAAGAAAUGAGUAUGGCUAUUCUUCUGAAGAUUUCCCUUCAAUUCCGCUUGGUCGUGGACGAGGCAGGGGAACACCACGUGGAAAUGGUAGAGGCAAUUCACCACUUAGUUUUGCCGCUGCUACCAGGAAGUAACUCAUUCAGAGAUGAUGUGACAGUAUGGGCCAUUUCAAAUUUUAAAUAGGCAUUUAUUGUGCUAAAAUAUUUUAAAUGAGAACAACUGCCUUAUUAAUAAUAUUGAUAAAGAAAGUAAUGACUAUGUUUGUCAUUUGAAUAUUUUAUAUUUAUACCAGAUUUUAUUUACGUUAUAUUAAAUUAGAUUUAAGACAGUCACAGCUUCAACUACUGUGUAACUAUAUAUAUAAAGCAAAGGUCAAAUUUUCAGGGGUUUUAACUAUCCAUAGCUACUUAAAAAUUUGUAAAAAUACUGAUUGUAUUUUGUUUGUAACUUGAGUUUGUCAAACCAGAGAAGUAAACACUUUGUUUGCAUACAUGAAUUUCUGGUCGUUUGGGUAUGUUUGUUAGGAUUAAGAUUUUGUUAUGACCUUAUGACUAAAAAAAAAACAAGACUGUGAUGCUGUGUGUUUGGACACGUCAGUCCACCUACUUUGUUACAUAAAUAAAUAUUUUUUAUGAUUCAA